CGCUCGGCGGCCGCUAAAAGGCGCGCUGGCCACCGCCCUGCCGGCCCCUGGACGCUCUCCCGGCCAAGCGCUCUGAGCCCAGUGCCCAGCCAUGGCGUGCCCCCUGGAUCAGGCCAUUGGCCUCCUCGUGGCCAUCUUCCAUAAAUACUCGGGCAGGGAAGGUGACAAGAACACUCUGAGCAAGAAGGAGCUAAAGGAGCUGAUCCAGAAAGAGCUCACCAUUGGUGCGAAGCUACAGGAUGCUGACAUUGCAAAGCUGAUGGACGACCUGGACCGGAACAAGGACCAGGUGGUGAACUUCCAGGAAUAUGUCACCUUCCUGGGAGCCUUGGCUUUGAUCUACAAUGAUGCCCUCAAGGGCUGAAAAUAAAUCAGGAAGGUGGAGACACCCUCCAUUGGGCCUGCCUAAGUCAGCUCCAGUGGUGGGUAACUGUUCAAUAAAUAUCUUU